CACUCUAACGCUCGGUAUGCGCAGCUUUCACUUUGACACGUUCUUCCCACUGCGCUUGCGCAGCGUCUCGUUUCUAUGGCAACGAGCCGUUCCGUGUAAACAAAGCAGCAUGGACGGCCCGGAGGAUCCCGGCUAUGAUGAUUACACGGUGUUCGCCGGGUCAUCCGAACACGACGUGAUGUGCAGCCGGAUCUUCUGGAACUCGGUCACCCUGCAGCCUCCGCUGGAGUCCAGACUGGUGUCCGGGGACGUGGAGCAGAGGCUGAGAGCUGCCAGGGAGGCCAAGCCGCGAAAGAAUGACACACAACAGGAACUGGAUGAACUCAAAACACAGUAUUUUUUAUUGGAAGCACAGAGAGUGCGAGAUGUAGAACAACGGUCUGUCUAUAUGCAAAAAGCUAAAAGAAGGGAAGAAAUCAUUGCCCUGCUGAAAAAGCAAAGAGAAGAUCGUAUUAAGAAAGAACUUGUAUCUUUUGGGCAUAAACCAAAUAUCCACAUAGAGGAACAAAGAUUACCCACACAUGAUGGAGAGACAAUAGAAGAUAUAAAGACUGUGAGACAGCUUGACUAACUGUAAGGGGACACAGACUUGUGCAGGUUUUGGGGACAGUCUUUUUUAUAUCUGAACAUCUUUCUAUAAGUUUAUUCCCCAAUCCAGUCUAUUUUUACCCACAAUAUUUGUUUUAUGUGCCCAUAACUCUUAUAUCAUGUAAUGAAUUGCAUAUUUGAGUGUAUAAUAAAAUCUAAGAUGUU